AUGGACAUGCUCAGACCACAAACAGCCCCGCAGAGACCCAAACUGACCGUCUUCAACCUCAGACUUUCCUCAACCAAAGCCGAGGCCACGGGACUGGAGACCACCACGAACCCAGUUGUGUCCUCUGUGCCCAGCGUGUCAGGCCCCUGCCCACUGGGGCCCGGUGUCACCAGGAGCAAGUCGCCUCCGUCGGGCAGUGGGACCAAGAGGCAGAUGCACCCAGGAGUCACUGCAACUGCUGCCUUCGUCAUCUACAAUCGGUCUCGUCCACUGUUGGACAUUCUGAACCCGGACAGGUGGCUGCUGCACAGCGUGGCCAGAGACCACCCUGAACAGACCCGGCACAACCGAAGUGGGAAGUACCGACUUGCUGCGGUGGAGACUGCACCCCAGGGACGGCUCAAGGAAGUGGCGGUGCUCUCGACUGGGUGCUCCCAGGAAGUAGGCGUGCUUUUGUGCUGGAGCAUCUGGAUCACUCCCAUCUGGCACGCGGAGGCACCAGCCGAGACUGCGGCUGUGUCGGUCCAGAGCAGCGAGAACGGCGUCAGCUGCCGGAGGGACCCUGCUCGUCUCUGGGGGUCGCACAGAGACAACUUCUCCGCUGCUGAGGCCGGGCUGGCCCACCUCCUCGCAGUUCUCGACGUCCGGAGAAGUGGCCCCUCGUUCCGAAAGUCGCGAGGGGCUUUGGUGAUCCCAGGGACGAGCCAGCUCCUGCCCGGGGGCGGGGCCUGGAGGCGCGACGCACCCCCGCCCUCACCGUGCUUCUUCCCCGCGCGUGCGCACUGGGCUCGGGGCGGCGCGGACGCCAGCGGCGGGGAUUCCUGUCCCCGCCGAGCCCCCAGAACGCGGGACCAGCUUCCGCUCUGCCGCGUGUGCCGCUGCUUCCGGCCGCCCACGGGUCCUCGCCGAGGCCGCGGGGAAAGUGCGGGGGCUGCGGGCCCAGGCGCCCCAAGCUGCGGUGAGGCCCGCGGGGAGGCUGCGGUGGGCCCCGCGCCCCCAGCCCGAGAGGCGGCCCCUCCGCAGGCCUCGGCCGCUGGAGUCGGGGAAGGCUUCCAGCGCAGGGCCGUGGAGGCGCCUGGGGGAACUGACGGGGCAGGUGUGCGUGCGCGGGACGUCUUGUGUCUCUGCACAGGCUGCCAGGGGGAUGUUCCUUGA